AUGUUCAAAGGCUCAUACUACGAGAAGGUUCUUGAUGAAGAGGAGAGUUUCAAACCAACAACAACACCAUCAUCACCAUCAGAACAACAUGAAGAUGUAGAUAGUACUUCUUCGGAGGAAAAUAAUAUACUUCCACCAAUGAUAUCAUCUCCAAUGGAAAAGAAGGAAAAUAUAACGGUUGAUCGAAUGGAAACAAAGGCUUGUUCGAAGGCUUGUUGUUCUUCAUCAUCAUCAUCGAAGGCUGGUUGCUCAGAGGAAGAAGAACAACACGAACAUUCGGCAGUUAAUAGUACUCACAAACAUAGUAAAAGAGGAACGAAAUCAAAGUUGAUGUAUGGAAAGAAGAAGAUCAAAAUUAGUCAACUGCAACAUUUGACAAAACAACAUGAUGAACAUCAUCACGAAGAAGAAACGACGUCAGAAACAACAAACAUUUGCGAGAAGUCAAGCUCUUCUAAUUGUUGUUCUUAUGGUUCUUGCUCAAAGGAAAAACAAAAAGAACCAAACAAUGCAAUUGUUUCAGAUUGCUGUUCUUCAGGUUCCUGUUCCAAGAAAAGCAAUGUUCCAGUUGAGAAGAAAUCAACAUGUACUUCUGGUUGUUGCCAGUCAGUAUCAACUUCCACUGAGAGCAGAACAGAAUUGAAAUUGGAUAAUUUACUUCCUAAUCACAAGUCUCUGCAUUUGACUGUGAGAAAUUUGCAUUGUGCUGAUUGUGCCAAUAUGGUUGAGGGAGUUUUAAUUAAGAAGAAUGGUAUUCUGAAUGCCAGAGUGAAUAGUAUGACAGAUUCAGCUCAUGUAGUAUAUGACGAAUUAAUUAUACAAGAAACAUUAAUUGUAAAAUCAAUUCAAGACCUUGGAUUUCCAACUAGUGUCUCUCUAUUGAAAAACAUUUCAAAUUCUGAUCAGGAAACUCUUACAACCAUGUUCGAAUUCAAACAGGAGUUACAAACACACAAAGUAGAUGAAUUAGUUAAGAGCAUUGAAAAAGGGGAUGGCAUUAUUCAUACGGCCUAUGAUACAUCGAGUUGUCUCCUCCAAGUGGCUUACAAUCCUGAUAUUACAGGUACAAGAGAUAUUAAGAAAAUGAUUGAAACCAUCGAUUCGAGCCAUAUGUUUACAAUUAUGAGUGGUAGUAAAGCUAACGAGAUUACCGAUCAGAACAAUAAGAAUGAAAUCAAAAUAUGGAGGAGAAACCUUAUUGUUUCCUUCAUUCUUAGUAUUCCAGUCAUAUUUACAGCAUUCAUCUUUCCAAUGAUCAAACCAGUUGAUGAAUUUUUGAAGAAGGAAUUCUUACAAGGCCUCAAUAGUUAUAUUCUUAUUGGAUUUAUUUUCUCAACACCAAUCCAAUUUUAUUUUGGAAGACCAUUGUACAUGUCAGCUUACAGAGCUCUACGAUAUGCAAAAAAGCCAAACAUGGAUACACUUGUAAUGCUGUCAACUACCACUGCUUAUGUUUACUCGUUAGUGAGUACAAUAAUUGCAAUGUUUGUUGAGACUUACAAGGCCGAAGCAUUCUUUGAAACUUCGGCACUCUUGUUGACAUUUAUCAUUUUGGGAAGGUUUUUGGAAAUACUUGCCAAAGGACAAACUUCGAGCAUACUUACUUCCAUUUUGAAACUCAGAUGCACCAAAGCUUUUUUGAUAUUCAGAGGAAACUAUGAAAGAAUAACAUGUCAAACCGAACUUGUAAAUAAUUCACAUGCUGUAGAGGAAGAGGAGAUUGAUACUGAUCUUGUUCAAAGAGGCGACAUUUUAAAAUGCCUUCCAGGUUCAAAAAUUCCAACUGAUGGAGUAGUGUUUUAUGGCACUACAUCGAUUGAUGAAUCAAUGAUUAGUGGUGAAUCUAUUCCAGUUAACAAGGAUGUUGGAGAUUUUGUUUAUGGCAGUACAAUCAAUCAAUUUGGAACAAUCUAUAUCCGUGUAACAAAAACUAGUUCUGAAAAUACUCUUUCUUCAAUUGACAAAUUAAUUCACGAAUCUCAAAAUGCUAAAGUACCCAUUCAAAGAAUUGCUGAUAAUGUUAGUGCAGUGUUUGUACCUGUAAUUAUUGGUAUUUCCUUAUUGGCUUUUAUUAUUUGGAUCAGUUUGUGUUAUGCUGGAGUUUUGGAAACUGACCUGCAUCCAAUCACCUUUGCUUUACAGUUCUCUCUUGCAAUUUUGGUAAUUAGUUGUCCUUGUGCUAUUAGUUUGGCAGCUCCAACAGCUGUGAUGGUCGGUAUCGCCAAAGGUGUUGAGUAUGGUGUACUAUUCAAGAAUGGUGCUGUAAUUGAGAUGUGCCACAAGGUUAACACAGUCAUAUUUGACAAGACUGGUACCUUAACCAAUGGAAAACCAGUUGUUACAGACGUGUUGCUUUUUGAGGGAGAUGAUUUGAAGCAAUUCAAAGCAAUUAUAGGUUCUGCAGAGUUGGGAAGUGAACACGUUAUUGGAAAGGCUAUUUCAACACACGUAGAAAAGGAGGGAAUAGCUAUAGAACAACCUGUUGAUUAUCAAGCAGUUCCAGGAAAAGGAUUAAAAUGUACAGUCUAUGGAAAACAAGUGAUUGCAGGUAAUUGCACUUGGAUGAAGGACAAUUCAAUUGAAAUUUCAGAAACACAACAAGAACAAAUUUUAACUUUGGAGAAUCAAGGAAAGACAAUUGUUCACGUUGCAAUCGAUGGUUCUUUACAUGGAAUUGUUGCCCUCUCUGAUACUCUCAAGGUGGAAUCCAAACGAGUUAUUGAUGAAUUGAAGAAGAAGAAUGUGGAAAUUUGGGUGGUUAGUGGAGACAACCAAGUCACAACUAGAUAUAUCGCCAACCAAUUAGGCAUUGAGAAUGUAAUGGCCAAUGUCCUUCCAGCCUACAAGAGAGAAAAAGUGCUUGAAUUGCAACAAGGUAAAACUUCCAAUGGUAAAAAGAGAGUUGUUGCAAUGAUUGGAGAUGGUAUCAAUGAUUCACCAUCUCUAGCCCAAGCAGAUGUUGGUUUUGCAAUUGGAUGUGGUUCAGAUAUUGCCUUAGAAACUGCGGAUAUCAUUUUGGUAAAGAGUGAUUUGAGAGAUGUGCUUGUGGCUUUGGAUUUGUCAAGGACUACUUUCAGAAGAAUCAAACUCAACUUUUUAUGGGCCUUCCUUUAUAAUGCUGUUGGUAUUCCAUUAUCUGCUGGAGCAUUCUAUCCAAUCCUUGGUAUUGCAAUUCCACCAGCUAUUGCAGGAUUAUCUGAGAUUUUCUCUUCCAUUCCUGUAAUUCUCUUCUCCUUACUUUUGAAAUUCUACAAACCAAAGAUUUAUUAACAAAGAAAUACAACACUUUUAUUGU